AUUAGUCAGCUUCUGAAUAACGACGUUAGUUAAUUGGUUGGUUGCAUAUUUCAUCCACAAAAUUUACAUCGUAUUCCAUUUUUCGCUCAGGGUUAAACUAUUAUUCCUUAAACAUAAUCGAGUGUGGGAAAUUUAACGAGAAGCUGCUUGCUUAAUUGCAUAUGUAUACAGCUGAAACAAAGAGUAAAUGCAUACUGAAUAAAAAAGUGAUCAUUAAAAAUAUAAAAUAACUCAAGCAAUCUUCGAGAUGAUAUCGCUUGAUAUUCAGAAAUUAAACAAACAACUGCGAAAGAAAUGCAGACCUCCUGGAGUGCAUUGAAAAAAGACAAUCUGAUGCAAUAGUUAGUAGAAUAGAGCAUUAAAGCUGGGAUAAAAUGGCUAUCUCAAAUUUAUCAGAGGAUAUAGCAGAAAUCAGCCUUAUACAUCGUCAACAUUAUGAAAAUUGGGUACUGUGGCGUAAUUUAACAUUGACCCUGUUAAUACUUUGUACAGGAAUAUUUAUAUCCAUUGAUUUAUAUAAUAUAUCUGAUGGAAAGAAUAUUUUUAGCCUAAAUCAUGAUGAAAUAAUAAAAUCUCGAUAUCUGUUUAAGAAAAUCCUAACAGAUAGUCGUUAUACUACUGAAAAGAGAAAAAGUAGCGCAACUUAUCUAGUGAGCGAUCAGUUUAACAGUCAUAAUGAUUGGAAUAUCAGUAAAAAUGGAGAAAGGCUAAACAGAACUCCGAUAGGAUUUCAUUAUUCAGAUGGUUUGCACAGAGGAAAUGGUCAUCUAUAUCAUAUGGCUAAAACAUGUUUAAACAUGGAGUCUAUUCACUGGAAUAUGAUACUAUGGAAUGAUAAUGCCUACUAUAGUCGUGAAGCAUUUAUUCGGGUAGUUAAUCUACGCAGCGAAGGCUCUUAUGUAUACUUUGAAGAUACAGGUCUGUUGGAUAGCAAAAUCUCUUAUGAAAAGGAAGUUACUCAAAGGUUUGACAAUCUCACUUUCCUUUUGCCAUUUUCUACCGGUUUAAGUGUUCAUGUGAAUGUGAACAAUAUCAGAUUGCUUCCAGAAUAUGAAGACGUAGAACACCCCGCUAGCGAUAAUGGAAUUGUUUUAGAUUCUUCAAGAAAAUCUAAUAUGCAGCAUUGGCGUAAACCAUUGGAAACCAUCAUCAAAACAUCAUGUCGGCAUCCUCUGCCGAAACAAUACUACCUAGCUAUGCAUCCAUAUUUGGAUCGACAUACAACAGCUAGAAGACAUGUCUGUCAACUGAAUUCACAUAGAUCUUAUCUCUGUCCUGCAAAUUAUCCAAGUGGAUUUGUAUUCUAUGAUCGGUCAAUAAAUGGACAGUGUACACAAAAUAAAGCCUCUUAUCUACCUCCUCAGUUGAACAGUUUUUACUGUACAGUCAAUUCACCUUUAGUUAACCAGUUAUUUCAGGAAACAAUUGUUGAAAGUCAGUCAUAUUUAAAAGAUAUGCACUGUGAUACACAACGUCGUAUCUGUCAGACAUGUUUGAAACAAUCCUGUCGAAGUAGCAAACAAGAAGGGAAAUCAGAAGCAAAUUUGAAACAUGUUCAAAACGAUGUAACUGGCAGCCAUGGGGAUAUUGUCAACAACUACAAAUUUGGUGACAAAGCGAUUAGUGAAACCUUAUUACAGGUUAACGAUAUUGUACAGAAUACAUGGGCUGUAUCAAAUCCUGACUGCUGCAAUGUUAAUUGCUACUCCAAUCCUAGCUGCCUUGAUUAUUUCGGUGCCCGGUGUGAAUUGUAUACAGGCAGACAUUCGAAUGCAACUGAAAUAUGCUUACAAGGAAAAACGUUAAAAUUCACUUUGAACCCAGAAUUCGAACUAAACAAUGGAACUUAUACGUGCCACGUACGACAUACUUCUCCGAAAAUCUUGUACACCGUUGAAACAUGGCUAACUUUAGAAAUUCCAAAUCCACUUAAUUUCAUUUGGCAUAGUUCACGCUUGAGACAUGAAAUUCAUUUAAUGAACUUAAAGAGAUUUCCAAGUCGUAAAAUAAAUAGAAUGGAAGAUCGCAUACAAGUCCUACAGAAAAUAUUUCAAAAGCAUGGUGCUAUACAACUGUGGAAUGGGAUUAUUUAUAUGGAGCACAGAACAGAAUUACCAAUAUGGAAUGAUGCGAUUGUCCACAGGUCUGUUGACAAGGAAAUUUCUCUUUAUCAGCUGAAGAAUUUGAAAGAUUUUGGUAAAGAACUCCCUAUACUUCAAAGACACAAGGAAGAAAAAUAUAUAGUUGUUCAGUUUUCAAAACCAUUUCAAUUCAGUACUGCUAAUUGGGGUAAUCAAACGUGUGAAAUAAACAUAAGUCAUAUUCAUCGUUCACAACCUAUUUAUGCUGAAUAUUCUAAAGUGCCGGUGAAACUUGCAGCAGGUAUUCAGAAAACUAUUUCGAACACAUUUUUGUAUACUUUUAAGGAUGUAGACAAAGGAUCUACUAUUGAAAUCAAAACAAACAAAAAUCAUUCCCUCCUAUAUACUGCUGUUUGCUUAAAUGGUUUGACAUUUAAACCAUUAAAGUAUAGCAAAUUCAAGGAAGAAAUGAAUGCAAGAAACGAUGGUAAACAUUCAGAUAAUACAGUUGGUCGUCUGAAUUCUGAUCUACAAAUAUCUACGAAGAGAUUGAAAACAAAUUGUGAAUUUAAUGCAACUUGGAGAGUGGAAAUCUCAGGUUCAACAACACACAAACCAACAUAUAUCCAUUUAAAGUUAUUUACUGGUUCACUGAAAUCAUCAUCAUCAUCAAAUGAAGGCGGUCCGUUGAGAACUAAUCAGCAGGAAAAUAUUUUACUGGAAAAAGAUUUAAUUCUUCUUCAUGAUACUUUUGAUUCAGCUUUUGGAAAGUCUGAAAAUGAUAGUGAACAUUUUCGUAUUCAAUUUCAUGUUGAACAAAUUCAAUUCCCGUUUGUAAGUUCACCUACACCCCGGUCUAUAUUACUCAUAAUUCAUAUACAAGAUUGUUUCACGGAUUACUUACUCAGUACACCUCUAGAGUUUUCAGAAAAUGUUAAAUCUUCAAGGUCAAUAAAUUCUGAUCUGAAUAACAAUAUGUUGAACCACUAUCUACCAAGUCGUGUGGAGUCCUUACGAGCGGAUAAAAUGCAUUUGCCAUUUGUAAUUACAUGUUUAGUUAUCGGCCUCACUUACAUAAUUCUUCUAACUAUAUAUGCUGUACUGAAGAUAUGCCAAGGGUCUCAUAAACUUCAUGCACAUGGAAUAGUUGUUAACGGCGCAAGAAAUUAUAUUCCCACAGAUGAAAUACAACGCAGAGGGUAUUCUCCAUUCUCAGUCUGUACCACAAGCCUGCUAGGCAGUGGUUCACAAUCAAAUCUAACAUGUCCACAGAAAUUUUUUAUCAUGACCUAUCUGUGUUUUCGUGUGUUUUACACUUUUCUUUUCACUAUCAGCGUUGGAUUAUCAUUUGUUCUCAGUAUUGAAACUGAUGCGACAGUGGAAUUUACCUCAGCAGUGUAUAGUAAUCAUUUCACAACAGUAAAUACAUUAGGUAGAUACAAUGAGAAUUUUGAUGUCAAAUUGAAUUUACCUUCAAUGAUGAGUACAGUGUCGCUUCCAGCGGAUAUAGGCAAUCGAUGGCGUGGAGCUAAGGUAUGGGUAUUGGAAGCCGCCAGAAUGGAGGACUUUUCUCACUCAGAAUUAUUGAGACAAGUAAGUACUGAUAAGUUUCUCUUGUUAAUAUGAAUAAAUAUUUAAAUAGUACGGAGAGGCAUUUUGUGGCGCUUUAAUCCUCUCAUAUUGUUGGUAUAUAAUACCGAUAAGCGCCAAAAUGUGUAAAAAUUGGUUUCUAAGAUCUUCAGCUAGAUAUUUUUGGAUUACCUACUAAUGCAAAAGAGUCAAUAAUUUAUUUCUACAUAUACAAAAACGAAAACUUUGACUUCAUCACAAACUAACGCAGUUGUUUACAUCAUGCAGUAUUCGGUAAAGUCACUGGUAAGGUAGUUGAAAUGUCUGGCGUCAGAUAUUCCAAAAAUGCCAAGUUAUUUAAACGGCUUAUUUUCUACUAGCUAUUUACGUUUGACAUAAUUUUUUUCAGUAAAAGGCUUAUGCAUAUAAGUGAAAAACUUCGGCACUGCGGUAGAACAUCAUUCUGUGUCAAAUUUGUCUAUUUAAUAUAGUAUUCAUUAAUAGAAUAUUACUUACUUCCCUAUGAGGUCAGAUAAAUAGGUCAUACUGGCUAAUCAUGGUAAGUCACAUUAUAAGAGAAUAAGAAUUUAAACAAAUGUAAAAUGAUAGAUCCUACUAAGAUCAGUAAUCCAAAAAAACCUCGGCUAUCAGCAUACCUGCCCUUCCAUAACCAUAUACUGAGGUGUACCAAAGAAAAUGUACUUAAGUCCAAUAUAGUUUUUUGGGAAGAAAUAUUAAUCACUGGAUCUUUAUUCCUAGAAGCAACAACCAACACAUGUAAUUGAGCUGAAAUAACAGUUAUAUCAAAUAUGUGGGAAAUUUCACUUUAACUUAAAAUAUAGAAUGUGAAGUAAUAGGAUGGUAAACGAAGAAAUUUACUGAAUGUCUAUUCUAAAGAAGAUUGGCUACACACGAAACUUUGUCAGAGGAUGCAUAUUCCAUCCACAGAAGACAAAAAUGGAUCACUCUGCCCCACAUAACGAAUAUAUCAUAAAUCAUAAUAAAAUUGCAGAGGCAACUUGGAGUUGGUACGGCUCAUAAGCAAACCAAUUUCCUUCAAACCAAAAGAGGAAUAUUCAAAGUAGGCAAACCGAAAAUCAUGUAGAAAACCGAUUGCAAUAACUAUGAUCAGCACUGCACUGGACACAGUGAUCACCCUCUUCGUCUUCGUCUUCAUGAAAGCCAAGUAGUUAUUCGGCGUAAUGAUAUUUCAUCGCUCAUUUCAAUUAACGUGGAUAAAUAUGGACAUGAAUUCAAUUUUGACAAUACAGAAAUCUUGAACAGAGAAAACACAAAGAAUAUCCGAGAAUUCAGAGAAGCUUGCCAUUCAGGUCAGUCAACAAUCAGUAGAAGUAUUGACGUGGACCUAAUCUAUAAACCAAUGAG